GUAGACCGAGACAAAUAGACAAGGUUGUCAUCAUCACUGGUAAUUAUGAGCGGAGCUAAAGCUCGCAUCGACCCGCCUGUUGCUGCUGAGAAUGUCUCGAUCACAGCGCACAGUUCCGCGGCUGCUGCGCGGGAGCGCAAGCCAGUUGGAGGGGUUCUGAAGAGACUCAAGUCUCGGCAAAGCCAGGUGGAUAGUAGGCCCGUCACAGAAGAUGAUCUUCGAACACAAGUUGGCCACAUCACCCCUGAAGAGGUCCUAAGAUUGCGGGUUGCUACUCGGGGGUACCUGUGUAAACCAGAGGACAACAUCUUCGACAUAGAUUUCAUCCGCUUUAAAAUCAGAGACUUGGAGACAGGGACUGUUUUGUUUGAAAUUGCCAAACCACCUCAUACGGAGGAAGAUGAGGAGAAUGGAGAGGGAGACAUGAGUGCCGGACGUUUUGUAUGCUACCAGUUCACCACUGCAUUCCUACGACUGAGGACUGUGGGAGCCACAGUGGAGUUUACGCUUGGUAACCGCCCUCUGAACAGCUUCAGGAUGAUUGAAAGGCACUACUUCAGGGAUCACCUCCUGAAGAGCUUUGACUUUGACUUCGGCUUCUGUAUCCCAAACAGCCGCAACACCUGCGAACACAUCUACGAGUUCCCUCAGCUGUCUGAGAGCUUGGUUCAUCAGAUGGUGGAGCAUCCCUACGAGACGAGAUCGGACAGCUUCUACUUCGUAGACAACAGACUGGUCAUGCACAACAAGGCAGACUACUCUUAUAACGGGGGCAGGCGUUGAGUGUGUUAUGUGCCUGUGUGUGUGCGUGUGUGUAUGUUUGUGUGUGUGUUGUGCCAAAGCCUAUACUCACACAAACAGACUCUCACCCAAGUGUUGAGUACUGUAAGUUAAACAAACUUUAUUGUCAUGGCAUAGCUGUAUGGGCUAGUAUGGAAAAGUUUAAGAACAGCAGGACAGAUCCACAUUAGAGCCAUAUAGACUACUGGCAGUAGAAUGGCAACAUUCUGCCAUAUAGACUACUGGCAGUAGAAUGGCAACAUUCUGCCAUAUAGACUACUGGCAGUAGAAUGGCAACAUUCUGCCAUAUAGACUUCUGGCAGUAGUAUGGCAACAUUCUGCCAUAUAGACUUCUGGCAGUAGAAUGGCAACAUUCUGCCAUAUAGACUACUGGCAGUAGAAUGGCAACAUUCUGCCAUAUAGACUACUGGCAGUAGUAUGGCAACAUUCUGCCAUAUAGACUACUGGCAGUAGAAUGGCAACAUUCUGCCAUAUAGACUACUGGCAGUAGUAUGGCAACAUUCUGCCAUAUAGACUACUGGCAGUAGUAUGGCAACAUUCUGCCAUAUAGACUACUGGCAGUAGAAUGGCAACAUUCUGCCAUAUAGACUACUGGCAGUAGAAUGGCAACAUUCUGCCAUAUAGUGCUUUGUCUUUCUCCCACUAAAAAGGAAAUGUGUCUCAGCUAACCAAGUGAUUUAUGUUAGUGUGUAAAAGGACAGUUAAUGUACUGUUCACUCUUUGACUUUUAGGGGGAGUCAUACUCAUAAAGGACCAGACAAUGCCCACAUACAUACAGACAGACAGGCAGACUGACAGGCAGACUGACAGGCAGAUAGGCAGACAGACAUAGAAACAAUCUCCUUCCCUCUCCCUCUCUCUCUAUUUCUCUCUCUCUGUCGUUACCUGCUGUUCCCACCCGCCACUCUAGAUGUAUUAAUAAGAGAGGAAGGGGGAAGACACACACAAACCCACUCACACAAACACUCACUGUCAAACACACAUGCCAGCUCACUCACAUACAGUGCCUAGUGAAAGUCUACACACCCCUUGCUUGUCCCUGGCAGGGACUGGUGAGUUUGUCAGGAUCAAAAUAAAUAUGAAACAAGCAAAUUCAAGGUAAAAAGUUAGAGGAAAACCAGCCUCAGCCUUCUGAAUACCCUGGGAUAGAGUUUUAUUUUACAGCAAGACAAUUACACCAAUGUUAAUGCCAAAGACACACCAGAAUGGAUUUCAAAGUGGUGUUGAGUGUUUCUGAAUGGUCCAGUCUCAGUCCUAACUUAAAUCUGAUUGAAAAUGAGAGACAAUGUUUGAAUAUUGCUGUCCAUCAAUGAUUCCUUACCAAAUGUACUGAGCUUGAGCAAUUUUGACAAAAACAAUGGAUAUAUGUUUCCCUAAGAGUUGUGCAAAGUUGGUAGAAUCUUAUUCAAAAUUAUUUACAGCUGUAAUUGCUGCCAAAGUUGCUUCCACCAAAUAUUAACUAUGGGGUCUGAAAACAUCUUAAUUCUUUUUUUUCUUUUUUUUUAGUUCUAUACUUUUUCUUUCACUUUGAAAAUGUGGAGCUUGUUGUGUAUAUCAGUAGGAAAUAAAAACUAAAUGUAA